CAGUAUACCUUUGUGAGUUUUGUUCAUAAUACCGGCCAGUCCAACAGCGCAAGCUUGUGAUUUGCAGGGCUACGUUAGGAAUUCACAACUCAUACUAUUUUCAAAUUUUGGCCAGUACCGGUAUGCAUGGUAUGGCCAUUCAGCGAUUGGCGACCAUGGAUCAGAUUCCUGAAUUCCGUGUCUGUCCUGCUUGGGAAUGAUCAUUAGUAACUGGAUAGACUCAACUGAUUCAGGAACUAAGUCUGCAAGUCAACGUUGGUAGGCUGAAUUUCUUGCUUUUGGUCAUAAUUUAAAAGAUAUUUGGGAAGGAAAUUUGUAGGCUUUUAUAAUAACAAAAUGACCACUGAUCAGACCAGACAAAUUUUUGAACAACUUUUAAAAGAUACAGGAAGUAAAAAGAAUGGAAAAGAAAGAAGUGAAAUGGCUGAAAACUUGAAAAGAAGUUUGACGAAGGAUGACCCAUUACUUGAAAGUAAUACAUACGAUGGUGAAGCUGAAAAAAAUCUUAAAAAUUUGAGAAAUAAUGGAAUGACUAAAGGAAAGGAAAAUAAAGAUACAGGAUUGAGAGUAGGUUUAACGAAGCAUUUACCGGUACCUAAAGAACAGAUGGAUGGUACAAAAAUUGAUUUGCGAUCAGCGAUAUGCAUGCCUUCAUGUGGGAAUGGAGUAUCUAAAAAGAAAAAGCGAAAUCCAAAUAAUCUGGUUGCUUUUGAUAAUGAUACAGAUGAAAAUAUUCAGCAAAACAAUACCAGAGCGAAACAGUUUGAGUUAGGCACUGAUGUGAGUUUUCAGAACCUAUUUACCACUGUGCACAGCAACCAACAGCAAUCCAGAAAAAGCUCUCACAGAAAAAGUGUUACUUUUAAAACAAAUCAACAAGAUGAACUAGCUUUGCUAAGUAAUAAUAAUAAAGGGAUGUUGAAUUUUCAGUCUUCCAGUUCUAAGAAAAGUAAAUAUGAUGAUAAUGCUUUGUUGCGCUGUGAAAAGGAUUCAAUGAAGCAGCAUGAUACACUUCACAAUCAGGAUAAUUCAAUAUUAUCCUGUAAUUUUCCUGUGAGAAUUGAUGUCAAAAAUGUUGAUUCUUUAUCGAAGCUUUUUCGAAAUAUAUGGCAGAAACAUUCUGAAACACUUAUUAAAGAAAAAAUGAAAUCUAAAAUUCAAAACUCUUAUAGUGAAAUUUUAAUGAGACAACAUGAAACAAUGCAUGAGAGGAGAAGUUUACAAAGCAGUGUUGGACAGUCUGUUAACGGUCAGGUCAAAUUUACAAUACAUGACAGAGAUUUAGAUCCAGCACUUUAUGAAAAUGAGAACGAAAUUGGCAAAGUGAAAUCUGCAACGCUGAUUGUAAAUAACACAAAAUCAGAUUCAGAUCUUUAUAAAAUAGUUUGGGAGAAUCUUGCCGGGAAAAUAUUUGAUAAAGGCAGUCAAAAAUACAAGUCUGAAACUGGAAUGCUAAAAUCAAUAUGGCAAAGAACCUCAGAGUGCGAUAUAAUAAAAAAAGAUAGCAACAGUAUUGUGAGUCUUGAGAAUUCUUUUGAGAGUAUUGAAAGAAUUUUACUUGAGCAAGAAACAGAUUACUCAUCAGAAGAAGCACAGAAACACUCAAAUAGAGAUGAGUUCUGGAAAGAUUUCUGGCAUGGAAAUGGAGUUGAGAUUUCUUAUGAUAGUACACAUGAAAAUGAUUUAUUUGAAAGUUACAUCGAUGACACUACAAAAGAAGUUACAAAGAAACCACCUCCAAGAACUAAAAAGAAAAAAGUCAAAACAGGAGGAACUGCUGAAGGACAACCUGAAACUGACUUGCCACAAACCAAACUAAAACCGAUCAAGAAGCCAAGAACUCCUGUAAAAAAUUUGGAUGAAGAUAAUCCAUCUACACCAGUGCCAACUCCACGCAAAUCAACAGAAGCAACGUCAAAUAUUCAUAAUGAUGAAGAAUCUUUAGUUCCUGAAGCAGAAACAGUUCCAAAGACUACAGAGAGAAGAAGAAAGAAAACAAAAAAGCGCAGUACACCAAGAGCACUGCCUACUUCAGAAACAAGUCAGCAGGAAGAGAGAGCUGGUGAUGUAACUCCUCCUAUGAUUGAUGUUCCUGUCAAUCCAGAUGCUGUCGAUGCUCCUCCUAAUGAACCAGUUGCUGCUGUACAAGAUGAUGGAACUAUACUUGGUGUGACUGUUCACCAUUGUGAUCAAAUAAGAGUUGAUCCAAAAUAUAUUGCUCAUCCAUUGGUGAAAGUAUCGAUAGUCGAUAGUCUGACAGGACAGUAUUUAAAUAAAUUUGACAGAUCGCGGCAUGUAUCUUCAUUUUAUGAGAGUGAGCUUCUGAACUCCAUUGUACCAUUGAUGACACAGCCAUAUGACUUCAAAGUUAAUCGUUCCUUAUUACCAAGAUGGGAAGAACUUCUAAUUUUUAAUGAGUCUUUUAUGAAAUUAACUCGAGUAUCAACAGAUCCUGGUGUCGUAAAACCUGUCUUAUUUUUUGUUAUCAGAGAUUUUGUCACGAUGGCAAAAGCGAAUAACAAGAGAGGUGUUAAUGACAAAGGGUGGCACAAUAUAGCAUGGGCUUUUCUAAAGCUUGUGAAUGCCAAUGGACAACCAAACACUGGUAGAAAAAUGAGAUUGCAGUUGUUUUUCCCACCUAAAACAAGACGCAAUCAACAAGAUACCAAUUUUGAGCCUGCACAUGACUGGUGGUUAAAUCAUCCAAGACAGAGAUAUCCAUCUACAUUACAUGUUACUGUGAAACCUAUUGUACCUCCAUCAUCUGUCGCUGCUUCUUCAAGAUCAAUGUUUGCAACUCAACCAGAAGAAGGUCUUUCUACUUUUAAUGAAAUGCAUAAUUCACUGGAGCAAGCCGAAUCUGAGAGUAGAUCUCUGGCACAAGAAGAUGAUCUUGCUGCAAUGCAACUUUGGUCAAGAUUACCUGGUCAGACUUGUAAAAUUCCGAAUGCUCCAUUAUUGAGGUUCUGGGGUGGUUCAGAGGGAGCUUUUACACUUCAAUUCUCUCACAGAGGUACAAGAUUAGCAGUCGCUUGCAGACAUGAAACAACUUAUCCUAUAUUGUUGUAUGGAAUUCCUAAUGGUGAAGAUAUCGGAGUUAUAACUGGUCAUCAACAACUUGUCUAUGAUUUACAGUGGUCAAAAAAUGAUAGAUAUUUAUUAUCUGCUUCUGCUGAUGGAACUGCUCAAGUUUGGGAUAUGGAUAGAAGAGAAAAACCAGUGCAUACGCUACCUCAUCCAUGCUAUGUGUACUCUGCAUCUUACCAUCCAACUGCUCAGUAUUUGAUUGCAACAGGUGGUUAUGAUACAACUCUUCGUGUGUGGAACAUUGCGUCAGUGGCUUCACAAUUAACACAAGAAUUAGAUGGUCAUAAAGCUAUCGUCAAUUCUAUUAUAUUUGACCAAACAGGUCUCAACAUGUACAGUGCAGAUGGUUCUGGUGUUAUAAUUUGCUGGAAUUCCCCAGCACAAGAGAAAGCAAAGAAAAGCGUGAAAACGAAUUGGUCAAUCAAAUCUAAAAUUGAAGACCGUGAUUUGGCAGGUAUCUGUAUCAACAGCUUACGACUUCACCCUCAUAACAACAAGAUACUGAUUCAUUGUAGAGAUUCAACUGUUAGAAUACUGGAUGCAAGAAUACAUUCUAUAAAGAAAUUUGUUGGUUUACUAAAUCAUCGGCAAUUACUUCGGUCAUCAGUUACUCCGUGUGGUAGCUUUAUAUUUUCUGGAAGUGAAGAUGGUUGUGUUUAUGUGUGGAAUGUUGAAACAGGAGACCAAGUUGCAAUUUACAAUGAACUUGGAUAUACAAAUGCAGUACAUUCAGUAAUAUAUCAUCCACAUGAUCACAUGGUUGCAUUUUGUUCUUAUGCUCCUAAUCAGUCCAUCUUACUAUAUAAGUUCAAUAGUGCAGUUGCAACUAUGGAAGCUGGAUUUAGAGUUGAUGAUUUUGUAGAUUCUAAAACAAAGCUUGGAAGAUCAGAAGAGCCAGCACCAAGCAUCAAUGCUCAAAUUGAAGCGUCGAAAGCUGCAGUGAAGAUAGAAAGAAUUAAACAUCAACUGGAUUCUGUUCUGACAGAUACAAUGCCAGUAGGUUCUCAUCUUUUGCCACCCAUUCCCAGAGGCCAGGAUGCUCAAGUAAUCACACCAAGGAAAUCACCACGUUCUACAUCCCCAUUUGGAAGACCAACUACAAGUCCUGGACCUUUAAUGUCAACAUGGGGAUCCACUUUUGAUUCAACUGCUGCUGGAAGUCUGCUUGCACCAUCUUACAUGUCACCACACGCAAGUCCAGAAGUACGAGCAAUGGCACAACAGUAUGCAAGAACUGGUAGGCAAGACCAAUCAGGGAUGUGGAAGCCUGGUGUAUCACCUGUUGGUGGAAGUCCAUAUCGGAUGCAACCUGUAGGUAUUCCACCUGACGUUUCAUUUUCAAUGGGCAAGGAUGGGAAACAAAAACUCAACAUAACUUCAACAUCUGGAGCUAAACCUCAAUCUGUGGUUGUGGUCUUAUUUGAUUACCAAGCUAAUCGUUCUGACGAAUUGACAGUCGUACGAGGCGAUGUUAUUCGAGUUUUAUAUAAAGAUAGUGCUAACUGGUGGUUUGGUGAAAAAGAUGACGGAAAACAAGGAUAUUUUCCUAGCAAUUAUGUUGAAGAACAAGUUUCUACAGCUGAAAUCAAACAAUCUGACGCAGAUACAUCAGUAUUCGGAGUACCAGAAAUACCUAAGGAAAAGAAGGUUUAUGCUUUGAAAAUGCCUGGAGGAAGACUUAACUUUUAUUCUCAAAGUGAAUCAGAAGGUGACGACGAGAGAAUGAGUAAUGCAAGUAUUAGUUCAAGGCAGAGAAGAAGAGAAGCAAAACUGAGGGAUACUCUAGAAAAAAGUAGAAAUACGCCAAGUCCAAUGACAGUACUUGAUAAGAAUGCUAAAACUCCUGAACAGACUUUUCCAAAGUCUAUUUUGCAAAAGAAUUCUCCAAGGGAUAGAGUUGCGGAUCGAGAUCCUUCUUCUGAACAUGUGAACAUAAAAGAAGUGUCCUUUGCUGAUGACAAGAAAUCCAAAAAUUCCAAAGCAAAACAGAAAUUACUUGACUCGAUUCAAUCAGCUAUCCAAAAAUCUGAAUCUCCAGAAUCUCCUAGUACUUCAAAAUGCCUUCUCCUUCUGUUACCCCACGGCAAUCUAAAAAACCUAAAACAAGUGCAAAAUCAUCAACGAAGCCGAAAACUGCAACACCAAAGCCGAAACCUAAUUAUGAAGAAACAAGUUUAAAUGAAAAUUCUGAUAUAAAAGCAACACCAAAGCCGAAACCUAAUGAAAUUCCUGAUGCAAAACCAGAAACAUCUAUUCGCUCAACUUUUGGCAUACUAAAAUCCGUCCAAGCAUUAAUGAACAAAAACGACAGUGAAUCUGCAUUUUCGCAAUCUGUGCUUAGUGGUCCAGGUCUCUCUACUCCAAAAUCCAAACCUCUAGAUACCCCAAGUGGAUUCAGACCUCCAAUUCAUAGUACUGCUGUGAAAAAGCCCCGGAAUCCAGUUGAAAAUGACGAAGACCCCUUAACUUCUCCCCCACCUGCUGGUUCUGUUGUCAGAAAAGCGAGAGCUCUACCCAAAAUAGGAAAACCUCCCAAGGAAGACACAAUACCGAUGGUCACCUUGAGUAGUUCCAAGAGUGGAAAAGCUUCAUAUUCAGGAUCAGUCAACCCUGCAUUCGAUAUGCCUCACUAAAAUAGUGCUCAUGGUAAUUCAAACGUGGUCAAAUGCGUAUGUUACCAUUGGUUGCCAAUUAUUAGGUUUCUGAAUUACGGCAAUGUUGGUUGUUUGGUUUUUAACAGCAGAUUUUCAAGUUCUUACAAGAGUUUCAAGAAUCAAAUCUAUAUAUUAGAUGAAAGUUACAAGGCAAUUAAAUAUUGUCUUCCAUAAUUAGAUUACUACCGUAUGUAUUUAGUUGUUAUAUAUCCACUGUGUUUUGCACUGCAUUUUCAACAUGUGCCAAUCUUAUUGUGUGAUCCAUGGUACAGUCCCACAUUUUAUUUUGUUGCUGGCAUUUUGUAAACGAUAUAUCUUUUACUGAAUAAAGGGUCUUUGACAUACAAAAUGUUAUGUUUUUAUAUGAUUUCUUCACUCUUUUUGUAUGGGCCGAUGUUACACAUAUUUUGCUCACUAUCCUCGUUUGAAAUUUGACUGCUGAUAAAAAUAUUACAUCCAUUGGCACAAAAUUCUCUAUCUUGUAUAUUUGUAUAGUUUUACCAUAGGUCAUAUAUUUGUUUGGGUAUAUUAUGUCGUAUUUGUGUUUUAGCUGCUAUUUCUGUAUAGUAUGAUGCGACUGUUGGCACCAUUCCUGUGUUUUGAGCGUGGCCUCUCGAUAGCGUGAUAUAUAUUGUAUUGUUUAACAUAGGUUUGAAGAGGUGUAUUAUUUUGGGCUUUACCCAACAUUUUCAUAUAACUUGUAUUAUGCUAUUUUUACACAUUUUAAUAUAUUUUAGUAUGAAAAUACAUAUAUUCAUUAUA